AUGUUUUGGAUUCUUAAAAUUUGUCGUCAACAGAAAAUACUUUUUUACAGAUCAGUCAAUUCAAGUAAAUGUUCCUUACAUAUAUUUAAAAAUAUUUCAAUACAAGUAAAUAAUACUUCAAAUAUACUUGGUGGUAUUAACUCACAAUUAUGUAUGCCUAUUCGUUCAGUAAGAACUCAAUUUGAUAAUGUAAAAAAUAAUUCUAACAAGAAUGAAGAUGGAACAAAAAAAGAUAAUUUUGAAAAUCAAAAAGAACAAAAAAAAAAAACUUUUUAUAUUUUUACUAUGAUUGAAUACACAUGUUUAUUAUUUCUUUUCAUAGUAAAUAUUUAUAUAGCUUAUCUUUUGGCAAUAAUGAGAUUGAACAAAAAGAUUAAAAAACAUCUUGAAUUUGAUAUUCAUAAAAUGGAUGAUAAUUCAAUAAUGAUUAUAACUUUAGAUGACUUUAUUGAAACUUAUUUGCCAACCGGAGAAGUUAAAAAAAUUAUACUUCCAAUUUUUAAAAAAAAAAUUCAUCGUUAUAUGGCUGUUAAAUUAAAUGAUAGUUGUGUUAUAAAUGAUAGAGUUUUAAAAAAUAAUGUAAUAUUUGUACAACUUAAUGGAAAAUAUAAUAAUUCUAAUGAAAUUGCUAAGUUAAUAAGAGGAAAAGAAAAUAAUAUGAGUAUAUCUUCAUUUAAUUGUAUUCCUGUAAUAAAUACUGGAGAUGAAUUACGUCGUCUAUUUAUUCAAAAUAUUACAAUAAUUGGUUUCUUAUAUUUUAUUGGCAUAAUUAUUACUAGCCAAAUUUCUCAGAUAAAUAAUGAUAGAAGAGAUUCAAUUAAAAAAAUUAAUUUUCAAAAUUUUAAUCAAAGAAAUGUUCAAUUUAUACAAUCAAGUGAUGUAGUUCCACAAUUAUUAAACAAAAAAAAACAACCAAUUAGAAUUACAAGUGCUCAGGCCAGUAAUAUACCUGGAUUAAGCAUGCUAAGAGGUCAAAAUCUUCCUCCUGGUACAAUAAUUCAAAAAAGAGGACAAAGCAUAAAAGUUGUCUUACCAAAAAUAGAACCAUCUGAUAUAACAGAUAGAGUACAAUUACAACAAAAAUCAUUACAAAGACUAUCUUCAAGAACAAAUAAUAAUCUUCCUUUAUCAUCACGACAAUUACGAGGACCUUUUCUUAACAGAGAAAGACAACAAUUACCACAAAAUUUUAAAAUACAAAAUACAAAUUUACAACAAAAUAAGAUACAUCUUCCUCGUCAACCUAUUAAAAAUGUUCAAUCAUCCCAACAAGUAACAAAUUUAUCAUCCCCCAAACGACAAUUUCUUCCAAUCGGACCUUCACGUAAUGAAAUUUCAUUAUCUAAUAAAAAACCAAAUCUACUUUCAACUUCUAAUACUCUUAAUAUUAAUAAUCAUUUUAUUCAUACUAAUGGUAUUCAACCUCCAGCACCAUUAACUAAAGAAAUAGAGGAAAAAAGCCAUGGUAGUCCACCAUCAGAAGUACCACCAAAUGAUUUUGUUGUUGAUGAAUUAAAUAAAUCUAAUAAUUUCUUAGAAACUGCCCGAAAACUAGCUUUAGCUCACCGACUUAGAAUAGCAUAA